GGCAGUGCUGUAGUUCGGUUGAGGCAGCAGCAUCAGUGCGGACUGUGAGGGGACAGAAGGCGCGAGCACCCAGUGACUCUCCCAGCGGACUCGGUCAGCUCUUCACAGGCGGAGCGCUCAGCGCCAGCUGCCCUUUGUGGCCUACUUCUUUAGCCCCCAAUGCCAGAGAUGGCUCAGCGGAGCGGGCAGGAGGACCCGGAGCGGUACCUCUUCGUGGACCGGGCCGUGGUCUAUAACCCAGCCACGCAGGCCGACUGGACCGCUAAGAAGCUGGUGUGGGUUCCGUCUGAGCGGCACGGGUUUGAGGCGGCAAGCAUUCGGGAGGAGCGAGGAGAGGAGGUGCUGGUGGAGCUCGCUGAGAACGGGAAGAAGGCUCUGGUGAACAAAGAUGACAUCCAGAAGAUGAACCCACCCAAGUUCAGUAAGGUGGAGGACAUGGCUGAGCUCACCUGCCUCAACGAGGCGUCCGUUCUCCACAACCUCAAGGACCGCUACUAUUCUGGGCUCAUCUACACAUAUUCCGGACUCUUCUGUGUGGUGAUAAACCCGUACAAAAACCUGCCCAUUUAUUCAGAAAACAUCAUCGAGAUGUACCGUGGUAAAAAGAGGCACGAAAUGCCACCACACAUCUACGCCAUCUCUGAAUCGGCCUACAGGUGCAUGCUGCAAGAUCGUGAGGACCAGUCCAUCCUGUGCACAGGUGAAUCUGGAGCAGGAAAAACUGAAAACACUAAAAAAGUGAUUCAAUACCUGGCACAUGUCGCUUCCUCACACAAAGGAAGGAAGGACCACAACAUUCCUCCAGAGUCUCCUAAAGCUGUCAAACUCCAGAUCCUGCUGUAUGGUGAGUUGGAGAGACAGCUCCUGCAGGCUAAUCCCAUCCUGGAGUCAUUUGGUAACGCCAAGACAGUGAAAAAUGAUAAUUCUUCACGUUUUGGGAAGUUUAUCCGGAUCAAUUUUGAUGUGACUGGGUACAUCGUGGGGGCCAACAUCGAGACCUAUCUGCUGGAGAAAUCCAGAGCUAUUCGUCAGGCCAAAGACGAGAGAACGUUCCACAUCUUCUACCAGCUGCUGGCUGGAGCAGGAGAACAUCUGAGAUCUGAUCUCCUGCUGGAGAGUUUCAAUAACUAUCGCUUCCUGUCCAACGGAUACAUUCCCAUUCCUGGCCAACAGGACAAAGACAACUUCCAAGAGACCAUGGAGGCCAUGCACAUCAUGAGCUUCUCCCACGAAGAGAUCUUAUCCAUGCUGAAGGUGGUAUCAGCUGUGAUGCAGUUCGGCAACAUUGUGUUCAAAAAGGAGAGAAACACAGACCAGGCCUCCAUGCCUGAGAACACAGCUGCACAAAAGCUGUGUCACCUGCUGGGGAUGAGUGUGAUGGAGUUCACUCGUGCCAUUCUGACCCCGAGGAUUAAAGUGGGACGAGACUAUGUUCAGAAAGCGCAAACUAAAGAACAGGCUGACUUUGCCGUUGAAGCUCUGGCCAAAGCAACAUACGAGCGUCUUUUCCGUUGGCUUGUCCACCGAAUAAACAAAGCUCUGGACCGAACCAAGCGGCAGGGGGCCUCGUUUAUUGGCAUCCUGGACAUCGCUGGAUUCGAGAUCUUUCAGUUGAACUCGUUUGAGCAGCUGUGUAUUAAUUACACUAACGAGAAGCUGCAGCAGCUCUUCAACCACACCAUGUUCAUCCUGGAGCAGGAGGAGUAUCAGCGCGAGGGCAUCGAGUGGAGCUUCAUCGACUUCGGUCUGGACCUGCAGCCCUGCAUCGACCUCAUUGAGAGGCCUGCGAAUCCUCCAGGCGUUCUGGCUCUGCUGGAUGAGGAGUGCUGGUUCCCCAAAGCCACAGAUAAGACGUUUGUGGAUAAGCUGGUGCAGGAGCAGGGUUCUCACGCCAAGUUCCAGAAACCACGACAGCUCAAGGACAAAGCUGACUUCUGCAUCAUCCACUACGCUGGGAGGGUGGAUUAUAAAGCAGACGAGUGGUUGAUGAAGAACAUGGACCCUCUGAAUGAUAACGUGGCGACGCUGCUGCACCAGUCCACUGAUAAAUUUGUAGCAGAGCUGUGGAAAGACGAGAUACAGAAUAUUCAGAGAGCGUCUUUCUAUGACGUCUCUAGCCUCCAUGAUUCUCCGGGUGAAGGUAUGGACCGCAUCGUUGGACUGGAUCAGGUGGCCGGAAUGAACGAAACUGCAUUCGGAGCAACAUAUAAAACGAAGAAGGGAAUGUUCCGGACUGUUGGCCAGCUUUACAAAGAAUCUCUGACCAAGCUGAUGGCCACACUGAGGAACACCAACCCCAACUUCGUCCGUUGCAUCAUCCCCAACCACGAGAAGAGGGCGGGUAAACUAGAACCUCACCUGGUCCUGGAUCAGCUCCGGUGUAACGGUGUGCUGGAGGGAAUCCGGAUCUGCAGGCAGGGCUUCCCCAACCGCAUCAUCUUCCAGGAGUUCAGACAGAGAUAUGAGAUCCUCACUCCUAACGCCAUCCCAAAGGGCUUCAUGGACGGUAAACAGGCGUGUGAGCGGAUGAUCCAGGCUCUUGAGUUGGAUCCGAACCUGUACCGGAUUGGUCAGAGUAAGAUAUUUUUCCGGACUGGAGUUCUGGCUCAUCUGGAGGAGGAGCGUGACCUGAAAAUCACAGACAUCAUCAUUUACUUCCAGGCUGUGUGUCGAGGAUACCUGGCUCGCAAAGCCUUUGCGAAGAAGCAGCAGCAGCUGAGUGCUCUGAAGGUUCUCCAGAGGAACUGUGCUGCUUACCUGAAACUGCGCCACUGGCAGUGGUGGAGACUCUUCACCAAGGUGAAGCCUCUGCUGCAGGUGACUCGUCAGGAAGAAGAAAUGCAGGCGAAGGAUGAGGAGUUGGUGAAGGUGAAGGAGAGACAGGUGAAGGUGGAGAAUGAACUGGUGGAGAUGGAGAGGAAGCACCAGCAGCUGAUGGAGGAGAAGAACAUCCUGGCGGAGCAGCUGCAGGCGGAGACGGAACUGUUUGCUGAGGCGGAGGAGAUGAGGGCUCGUUUAGUGGCGAAGAAGCAGGAGCUGGAGGAGAUCCUCCAUGACCUGGAGUCUCGUGUGGAAGAGGAGGAGGAGCGCAACCAGACACUGCAGAACGAGAAGAAAAAGAUGCAGUCGCACAUACAGGACCUAGAGGAACAGCUGGAUGAAGAAGAAGCUGCUCGACAGAAGCUGCAGCUGGAGAAAGUAACUGCAGAGGCCAAAAUCAAAAAAAUGGAGGAGGAUCUGCUGCUAAUAGAGGACCAAAACUCCAAAUUCCUAAAGGAGAAGAAGCUGUUGGAGGAACGGGUGGGUGAGAUGACGUCUUUAUUAGCUGAGGAGGAAGAGAAGGCAAAGAACCUCGGCAAGGUGAAGAACAAGCAGGAGAUGAUGAUGGUUGAUCUGGAAGAGCGCCUGAAGAAGGAGGAGAAGACCCGUCAGGAGCUGGAGAAGGCCAAGAGGAAGCUGGAUGGAGAGACAACAGACCUGCAGGAACAAAUCGCUGAACUUCAGGCUCAGAUUGAUGAGCUCAAGGUCCAACUGGCCAAAAAAGAGGAGGAGCUCCAGGCUGUGCUGGCCAGAGGAGAUGAGGAAGUGGCCCAGAAGAACAAUGCUCUGAAGCAGGUGAGGGAGCUUCAGGCUCAGCUGGCCGAGCUUCAGGAGGAUCUGGAGUCGGAGAAAGUGGCUCGGAAUAAAGCGGAAAAGCUGAAGCGGGAUCUGAGUGAGGAGCUGGAGGCUCUGAAGACUGAACUGGAGGACACGCUGGACACCACGGCCGCUCAGCAGGAGCUCAGGUCCAAGAGAGAGCAGGAAGUGGCUGAACUGAAGAAGGCGAUUGAUGAUGAAGCUCGGAAUCAUGAGUCUCAGAUUCAGGAGAUGAGACAGAGACAUGGUACAGCUCUGGAGGAACUAUCUGAACAACUGGAGCAGGCCAAGAGGUUUAAGUUGAACCUGGAGAAGAGUAAGCAGACUCUAGAGGGCGAUAAUAAGGAGCUGAGUAGUGAAGUGAAGGUGCUGCAGCAGGCCAAACUGGAAUCUGAACACAAACGCAAAAAACUGGAGGCGCAGCUGCAGGAGGUUCUCACUCGAGUCACUGAGGGCGAGAGGAACAAAGGAGAGCUGACAGAGCGCACACACAAACUACAGACGGAGUUGGAGAACGUGUCUGCUCUGUUGGAGGAUGCUGAGAAAAAGGGGAUCAAACUGGCUAAAGAUGCAUCAAGUCUCGAGAGCCAGCUACAGGACACACAGGAGUUGCUCCAGGAGGAGACGCGUCAGAAGCUGAAUUUGAGCAGCCGGAUUAGACAGCUGGAGGAGGAGAAGAACAACCUGCAGGAGCAGCAGGAGGAAGAGGAGGAGGCUCGUAGAAACCUUGAGAAACAGCUGGCAACUCUGCAGGCACAGCUGUUUGAGACGAAGAAGAAGCUGGAGGAGGAUGUGGGUGUGGUGGAGGGUCUUGAGGAGGUGAAACGCAAGCUGCAGAAGGACAUGGAGGCGUGUAACACACGGCUGGAGGAGAAGGUUCUGGCCUUCGAUAAACUGGAGAAAACAAAGACACGCCUGCAGCAGGAGCUGGAUGACCUCACUGUCGACCUGGACCACCAGAGACAGAUCGUCUCCAACCUGGAGAAGAAGCAGAAAAAAUUUGACCAGAUGCUGGCGGAGGAGAAGAGUAUUUCUGCACGUUACGCAGAGGAGCGAGAUCGAGCAGAAGCUGAGGCGAGGGAGAAGGAGACGAAGGCUCUGUCACUGGCGCGAGCGCUGGAUGAAGCUCUCGAGGCGAAAGAGGAGUUUGAGAGACUGAACAAGCAGCUACGUGCUGAAAUGGAGGAUCUGAUGAGCUCGAAGGAUGAUGUGGGCAAAAAUGUGCACGAGUUGGAGAAGUCGAAGCGCACCCUGGAGCAGCAGGUGGAGGAGAUGCGCACUCAGCUGGAGGAGCUGGAGGACGAGCUGCAGGCCACCGAAGACGCCAAACUGCGCUUGGAAGUGAACAUGCAGGCCAUGAAGGCACAGUUUGAACGCGACCUGCAGGCCAGAGAUGAGCAGAACGACGAGAAGAAGAGACUUCUGGUCAAACAGGUCCGUGAGAUGGAGGCGGAGCUGGAGGAUGAGAGGAAGCAAAGAGCUCUGGCUGUGGCUGCGAAGAAGAAGCUGGAGAUGGACCUCAAGGACGUGGAGGCUCAGAUUGAGGCGGCCAAUAAAGCUCGAGAUGAGGCCAUCAAGCAGCUCCGCAAACUCCAGGCUCAGAUGAAGGAUUAUCAGAGGGAGCUGGAGGAAGCUCGUACAUCACGAGAUGAAAUCUUUGCCCAGUCCAAGGAGAAUGAGAAGAAGCUCAAGAGCCUCGAGGCUGAAAUCCUGCAGCUGCAGGAGGACCUGGCUGCAUCAGAGAGAGCACGGCGUCACGCUGAGCAGGAGAGAGACGAGCUGGCUGACGAAAUCUCCAACAGCGCCUCUGGAAAGUCUGCUCUGCUGGAUGAGAAGCGGAGGUUGGAGACUCGUAUUGCUCAGCUGGAGGAAGAACUGGAAGAGGAGCAGAGCAACAUGGAGCUGCUUAAUGAUCGCUUCCGUAAAACUGCUAUGCAGGUGGACACUCUGAGCACGGAGCUAGUGGGCGAGCGCAGUGCAGCUCAGAAGAGUGAGACUGCUCGACAGCAGCUGGAGAGACAGAAUAAAGAUCUGAAGGCCAAACUGCAGGAGCUUGAAGGUUCCGUCAAAUCCAAAUUCAAGUCCACUAUUGCUGCUCUGGAGGCCAAAAUCCUGCAGCUGGAAGAACAACUGGAGCAGGAGGCCAAGGAGCGUGCAGCAGCCAAUAAGAUUGUGAGACGUACAGAGAAGAAACUAAAGGAAGUGUUCAUGCAGGUGGAAGAUGAGCGUCGUCAUGCCGACCAGUACAAGGAACAGAUGGAGAAAGCUAACUCGCGCAUGAAGCAGCUGAAGCGUCAGUUGGAGGAGGCGGAGGAAGAAGCAACGCGUGCUAACGCCUCCCGCAGGAAGCUACAGAGAGAGCUGGAAGACGCCACAGAGGCCAGUGAGGGUCUCAGCCGGGAGGUUAACACACUCAAGAACCGCCUCAGGCGUGGGGGUCCGGUGAGUUUCCCCUCAGGCCGUUCGGGUCGCAGGCAGCUCCAGGUGGAGGGCGAGUUCUCAGACGAAGACGCUGACAGCAAAGUGAGCGACGUGAAUGAGGUGCAGCCACCACAGAACGAGUAGAGAAGAGGCAACAGACACAAGCCCCACCCCUAAACCCCACCCCCCCACCCCUGUCCUGCAGUGACAUUAAACCCUCCACUUCAUUCAUCUUGAACGAACACACACACACACACACACACACACACACACACACUGCUCAGUCUAUGAAGGGAAACAGCUGUAAGAUGGAGUGUCUGUUUACUGGAACACUAACAGUGAAUGUUUAAAUCCAGAAUCGGAUAUUAAUCUGGAAUAAUUGCUCUCGCACACCAUCGGUGUCGUAUUGGGACUCUUGACUCGUACAGAUGUUUUCCUCAUCAGUGAUGUUCUCGCUGCUUAUAAUGAAAACACUAUAUUAAACACUGCGUUUUUACACUCGCAAAAUCAAACACCAGUAAAGCAUCGCUUCACUUUCUUCUAAAGCGAACGGGGAAAAAGUGGCAGGAUUUUCACAAUAUUCUGACCAGACCGGGGUGCACGCGCGUGAUGCAUGGGCUGCUUGUUUCCUCCUUCAAAAGACAACACUAGAAUAAACACUAAUACCGCGCGCACACGCGCAGAUCAGCUGACUGGAAACCCAAACUGUGACGAGGCGUUAGCUUGAACAUGAGCAUAUCUCCAUUCCAUUCGAUGCUUUAGUUAGAAAAUAAAAAUGCGAAUACUGGAACACUCUGCUUGGGAGAAUUCAUUAGAAAUGUUUGGGAGAUUACUUUGAUGAAAUGAGAUGUGACUGCAAAAUAUUUUAAAACUGCACAUGUUGGUGAAAAAGCCAUACACACGUCUGACUGGAACAAACGACGCGAGGGGAAAAUGAGCGCAUCGAUUCAGAAGCGAGGAGACGGCGAUCUGUGGACCUUUUCAUUUCCGUUUGAGUAAUAAAAUAAAACGCUGCUUUUUUUUUUUUUUUGAAUAUAUAUAAAGUGUUUUGAUAAGGAAAACUGGGAAUAUUAUGAAGGCUCUGGUUUAGACUGGAACACUAAUGUGGUGAUUUACCAGGUGCUUGGAUUCAUUAGCGAUUAGCUCAUUUACAGUUGUAGCCCGGAGUAAUGAAGUCACUACGCCGCACACCUCAGUAUUACACGCAUUUAAAACCCUAAAAUCACCCACUAGCAUGUUUACACGUGCCCAGACACCACGCCUUCACACUGUUAGGAAAACAUUGGCCUGCUUUCAAACCUCCAUGUGACGUCUGUAGGUUCUGAAUUUUGAGCUAUGAGGCUAAUGUUGCUAACAAGUAUUGGAAGCUGAUAGCAGGGUGCACUAAAUACACCGGAGUAAAUUACCUCAACGUUUAAUUUCACUUACUGCCUUCUUUCUCUGUCCAUCUUUCACACUCGCCUCAAAACAUCUCAUUCGGAGUUCAUUUCACUUGUAUACGUUUAUCUGAAUUACUAACCUACAGACUCCGCCUUCAGACCUUAGGCCACGCCCUCCUUAGUCCAAUCCCCCCGAGUGUAUUCGUGCUCCAUGCUGGACUUUUCCUGUUGAAUUGGAGGCUGUAGGAAUCCAUCACUUGUUUAGCUCCAUCAGCCUCACGCGCUGAAUCUCCGCUGGUUUGCUCAACAUCGAAAUAAAUUUGCGUAAUAUUUUAAGGCUUAAAGUUCCCUCAGUAAUAAAACAUGGUGUCUGUGGCUGUGUAAAUAUCAGGGUUUAACGAUCUUACACUUUAAAAAGUGCCUUAGAGUCACUAAUGAAGGGGAAAAGCUCCACUCGGCACUUUGUGUUGACAGGUGAAGAGUUUAACGUCAAUGUGAACUGAUACGAGAAUAAUGAUAAUGAAACAUUAACCUUUUUUUUAUUUUCUUUAUUUGGUUUGAGGGUUUUUUGUUUGUUUUUGGGCGCUUCGAGUCGUAUCCGCUCUGCAUUUGCUCUUUGUUGUAAACCAGCUUCAGUGUUACUGUAGGAGUUAAAAAUCCUCCUCACACACGAGUUCCUUUGGUUUAAAGCUUAUAACUUCUGCCCAUCAUCCAGUGACUAUUAUCCUAAUUAAUCUUAUUAUUAUUAUUAUUAUUAUUAUCAUCAUCAGACUGGCUGUUUGAUUACCAGACGCUCUGCUGCAGAUGCGCUAUAAUCCUCUCCUUUAUUCCUCGCCCUUGUAUACUGUUACUGUAUUUCUAGACAAGUGAUUUUUUUUUUUGUAAAGGAAAAAAAUAAAAGCUUCAUUAUAGAAGAAA